UAGACGUCUGAUGAUGAUGACAAGAUCGUUAAAAACGAAGAACAUUUGUGUGAUUUGUGAAUUAGAUUAAAAUAAAAUAAGUACUUACCAACUAAAAAUCGUGUAAAUUUAGUAAAUUAUAACAAUUCGUUUCCUGUUCAUUAGCGGUGCUUCAUGUACUCUAUUAUAAAGUUUUGAAUAACUUACCAAAAUGAUGGACGGAAAUGAUAUAGCCUCAGAACCGAGUAGAAGAGGUAUCAUAUCUCAAGGAUGGACCAGAAUUUCCCAAAUAUAUCAAGGACUCCUAGACAAAUGGACGCCACAUACAAAAAGCAGAUGGGUGGCCUCUAUAUUACUUUUAGCAAUAUUUGUUCUCAGGAUAUGUUUAAAACAAGGCUGGUAUAUAGUAACAUAUGCCUUAGGUAUAUAUCAUUUAAAUCUUUUCAUUGCAUUCCUUACACCAAAAAUUGAUCCUGCUAUGGAUUUUGAUGGAGAUGAUGAGAAUGGACCUGCACUGCCAACGAGAUCCACAGAAGAGUUUCGACCAUUCAUUCGCAGGCUUCCUGAAUUUAAGUUUUGGCUAUCUGUUACGAAGAGCACAAUCAUAGGAUUUUUCUGCACAUUUAUAGAUGCAUUCAAUAUUCCAGUAUUCUGGCCAAUAUUAGUCAUGUACUUUAUUACAUUAUUUUGUAUUACGAUGAAGAGACAAAUAAAGCAUAUGAUUAAGUAUCGAUACUUACCAUUUACUCACAGCAAACCUAAAUACAGAACUGUGGACCCAGCAGUGUCUGUAAACUGACGGCAUCUGUUAACCUACUUAUACAAUACCUAAAACAGUGUGAAAAGUAAAAUGAAUUAAAAAAACUGUUGUAUGCAAAUGUUUUUAGAAAUACAGUUUUUAUUGUAAUGUU